UUCGUUUUGCCACCGCCAGGCAAGAACCGUACACCAUGAGCCACAAGGACGACGGCGAGGUGGGUGUCCUCGUUGAGAGCCAUGACAAUGGAUUCCGGGAGGCGGCGACGGACGACGAGGAUGGCCGCAGCGAGCAGGAGUCUUUCUUUCAAUGCCUCGAUCGCAUGGAGCCCCCCGGCGAUGCCGACCAGGGCUUCCCCUCCGACGACGGUGAGGAGGAUGGCCUCAGCGACGCUGCCCGUGUCUCCUUUGCCACCGCCGUGGAUGACCGGCUCCAGGAGGAGCAGGCGGAGCUGGACGAGGAUGAGGGAGACGAGGAGGAGGACUUGUCGACGUACGACUACGACAUGUGGAUGGAGGCGGACGAGCCCGUGCCCAUCAAGGAGCGUCGCCGCCGACUGCUCCAUGGGAUGGGCCUCAACAGCAGCAGAGAUAUCCUCCGAAGCCGCAUCGCCAGGACGAGGAACGCUUCCAGGCGUCCACCGCGGCGGGCGUUCGCGCCGAGCACCGCGCCGUCUGCGGCUUCCACGCCUCUCCAGAUCAUCAAACGGCAGCCCAGCGCCUUCCUUAAACGUUGCCGGUCGGAUAGCCGACUCGCCGUCCGAGGCGCCGCCUCGAGAAAGCUGACGGCAUUACGCCGCGUGCACUCGGCACCGCACUCUCUGCAAGGUUCGCCCAUGCACAGGGCUCUCCGAUCAGCCGCUCGUUGUCCGUUGCCAUCAGUGGCGUCCAAGGACGAUGGAGGAGGAGAAAAUAGAAACUGCAACCUAGAUGACGGCAAAGUGUUCGCCGUGAACGGCAGUCAGUCCACGGACGGCGCGCGCGGCGCGGCCCACAACGCCCAUGGCUUCGCCGGGCACACCCCGCUGGUGAAACAGCUCAUGCGGCGAAGCCAGAGCCAGACUGUGAAGGCGGGGGCGGGGAACAAGGACGGCGGGAUGCCGACGAUUAAGAAACCACGGUGGCUGAAGAACAUGAAGAUCGUCGCCACAGUCGCCGCCCUCAUCCACGAGAAAGACAGGGACAGGGACAGGGACAGGGACAGGUCGUCCGCGCUUCCGUCCGCGAUGACCAUGUCCAAGUCCAAGUCGUCGUCGUCGGCGGCGGCGGCGGACAGCGCCUCAACGUCGUCGUCGUCCACCGAGCGGCUCAAGGUGCACCACUCCGGCCAGUCGAGCAAGGACCUGACGGGGCUGUACAUGCGGCAGGAGGUGCGCGCGCACGAGGGGUCCAUAUGGAGCAUCAAGUUCAGCGCUGACGCCCAGUACCUCGCAAGCGGCGGGGAGGACCGCGUGGUGCGUGUCUGGCAGGUCGUGCACACCGACGCCUCCCCCUCUAUCCUGACGCCGGAUCUCUCGACCGGCAAGAUUCUUCCCCCGCUGGCUCCCGCCGACGGCGGGUCCUUGGCGGGGGCACCGGGGCUGGCAGCGCUGUCGAGGAAGGUCCUGCGCGGGAAGAGCAGCAAGCACGUGCUCCCGGAGCACGUGGUGCUGCCGGAGACCGUGUUCGCGCUCGCCGAGCAGCCGGCGUGCGUCUUCGAGGGCCACGAGGACGACGUGCUGGACCUGUCGUGGUCCAAGCAGUCGUCGAGGCUGCUGUCGUCGUCCAUGGACAAGACGGUGCGGCUGUGGGACGUGGAGAGCAAGGCGUGCCUGCAGGUGUUCGGGCACAGCGACUACGUGACGUGCAUCCAGUUCAACCCGGCGGACGAAGGCUACUUCAUCAGCGGCUCGUUGGACUGCAGGGUGCGCAUCUGGAGCGUGGCGGAGCGGCAAGUCGUCGAUUGGAGCGACCUCAACGACAUGGUCACCGCCGCCAGCUACACCCCCGACGGCCAGGCUGCGAUCGUUGGAUCGCACAAGGGGUGCUGUCGGUUCUACAAGACAAGAGAUUGCAAGCUGAACCAGGAGGCUCAGAUCGACAUGAGCAUAUCCAAGAAGCGCAAGUCGCAGGCGAAGAAGAUCACCGGAUUCCAGUUUGCGCCGGGGAACCCGUCGGAGAUCCUGGUGACGUCGGCGGACUCGCAGAUCCGGGUGUUCAACGGCAUCACCGUCCUCCAGAAGUUCAAAGGGUUCAAGAACACCAGCAGCCAGCUCUCGGCGUCCUACUCCGGCGACGGCCGCUACGUGGUCUGCGCCAGCGAGGACUCGCACGUCUACGUCUGGAGACGCGCCGCCGGCGGCAUGGGCUCCGCUGCAGGAGGAGGCAUCGGCGUCAAGGCCAAGACGUGGCUCACCAGCCGCUCCUAUGAGUACUUCUUCUGCAGGGACGUGUCCGCCGCGGUGCCGUGGCCCGGGUCCUCCCCGUCGCCGCUCCCGCGCGCGGGAGACGAGCGCGCGUCGUCGAGCGUCCAUGGCGGCGCUGGCAGGAGAGCGUCGGACAAUGACCCGUUCGGCGACGGCGUGCAGCUGCCACCACGUCCCAAGUCCGGGCCGCUUACGUUCCCCGGCUCACAGGCGGAGAUGCUGCGCAUGGGGCCGUCGUCGCGGGAAGCCGGCUGCAACGCGUGGGGGAUGGUGGUGGUCACGGCGGGCCUGGGCGGGGAGAUGAGGGUGUACCAGAACUUCGGGAUGCCAGUGGGGAUCAAAGGGCAGAAGUGAUGGAUCUUGAUUUCGAGCUGGAUUCGUUGGAAGGGAGGGAGUGGUUCUUGAUCUUUGCAGCAGGACAGGAGCAUGAAUGCAGCAGCUUUACGAACGAUCGAACACGUACGACGCACACUGCACACAAUCGGUCAACGAACAUUUUGAUGGGAUCGGCCCCUUUGGCUUUACCUCUGUGUUUGGGUAGGGCGGAGAAGUUUCAAGUGUAGGGAGGAAAGAAGAACAAUGUACAAUAUAGUGAGAAAAAAUGUAAACGACAUUACGAUUGUACUGUAUUUAAGUAGAUUAUAAAAUGUAAAAACAGUUCUUUUUUGCGUGAAA